AUGGCAUGCUAUCACGUGCUCGAAACAUCUCAUAAACUGGGUCCCAUCAUUGUCCGAAGCCUGGAUUAUGAGUUUGAACAGUCAUGUCCUCUUGCAGUCACCUCGAGCGAUACGAUUUUCGUGAAGGCUUGGAUAAGCCCAAGCCGCCUCCCCGUAAUCGCAUCUUAUAAAGAUCCAGUUGUACGACUGUUUUCGAGUGUCCGUCACCUACUCAUUGAUAUUGAACUGGUCGCCGUACAUCCAGCGCUUGCUAUCCAUCCAGUACAAUCACCCAUCUCCCGGUAUGCAAUGCUUUGCUUGCAGUCACCUAACGCCAAAUGCACCAACUCAACAUCAAGAUCAAUACCGCUCGACUCGGCCUGUUGCUCCACCAAGAACAAGAACAACCUCGAUCAAAUCGUUGCAUCGAGCCUAGCAUACUUGAACGGCGUACAGAAUGUAGGUGGAUCUACAAGUCACGACACAGUCUGUUCGAGGAGCUCGACCUUAUUUGACGGCGUCUCGGCCUUGAUCCACACAAAAUCGCCGACGUUGCAGCAUUUUCUUACUCUUCCUACGAUAGAGAUUCCAGGAACGAUCGGAUCAAAAGAUACUCAGGCAACCAGACUCAAUGGCUUGCCACCCCCUCGACCUACUCGAUCACCAAGGCGCAAGGAUCAUGAGGAGGCCUCAGCAGAACACAAGCCUCGUACACGGCUUCUCUCAAAUUACUGCUACGAUCCUUUUGCAGGUUACAAAUACGAAGAUCUGAGCAUGCAGGCUGACUCGGUAGAGACUUGCAGCAGAGGAGACAGCAUCGAUCUUGACCCCGACUUUUGUAUCGAUCGUAUCAUUUCAAGACAUGGGAUGAAGCAGGUCAACCCUUCUUUGUAUUCGGCAAAGACAAGUCGCUCAACCUUUGGAGAUAUUCGGUCAGCCUUGAUACCGAGGGCUCGCCAGCUGCCGACAAUCAAAGAGCCUGAACCUCGUUCAGAGGACGUGAGAUGUGCCAAGCCGCACAUCUCGUACAAAGCAGCAGCGCGAAGUGAAGAAACAAGCACUCAAGACUCUCCGACAGAAAGACCAGCAAGGCGGCAAAAUUUGCUUGCCAGGAGAGGUCUGAUGAGUCUAACCGUCAACAAACUCCAUCCACGGAAGCGGACAGAGUGUAUGUCUGUUGAGCGCGAUACCUUCACUAUUAAUCAACAUGGGAGAAACCGGGCUCCCGACCUGAACAAGAUGCCAGACAGCCUUCUGGCCAAGGAUGUCCGUUCCGGCAGGUCGACGGUGCAAGAAUCGGUCAAGACGGCUAUCGUCAACGUCUACGCGGAAGCCAGGAUCCAACUCAAUCUUCCAGUCUACCACCGCCGAUUGCGGAAGCAAGCCUAUCCGCCUCGUGUUCACUACUCGGAGCUCUCGGAGCUCACAAACACCGUGCACGAAGUCACGAAGCGAACAUGCACACGUGUCGUUUCGCCUCAAAGUCCCCAUAUGCGCUCUUUUUCAGAAGUGCACACCCUCUCGUGCUCGCCCAGUUGUGCCUCGGAUGGUUCGCGUCCUCGUUCACUACGCUGA